CCGUAAGCCAUUCAGACAACAAAGUGUCCCGGGAGGGGAGAGGAGUGGGGAAGAUAUUCUUCCUUUAACAAAAUAGCUACUGUAUACUUUAAGAUCUGAUGAAAGGGGACAAGCAUGAAGUAGCAUUUUAGAAGGCACUGGUUGUGUUAUCAUACAACAGUGAUAAACAGUGGUUUCAACAUGGAUUCAGAGGAGGUCAUGGUGGAAAUGAAAGAAACUGGAAAGUCGCCAGAUUCUCAACCAGGCCAAGCAGUCCCUCUUUCUGUGGUCUCAGGGUUGCGAAUAAUCCUGAUCGGAGAGCGAGAGGCAGGGAAAAGUGCUGUGGGCAACGCCAUCCUGGGCAGUGAGGUGUUUGACACUGUGGGGGUGAGAACAAGGGAGGCGGUAAAGCGGCAAAGAGAGGUGGCUGAGAGGCAGGUGACGGUGGUGGACACGCCUGGUUGGGAGUGGUUCCCCUCCAGGGGCUCUUCUCUGGGGGUCCGGAGGGAGAUCAUCCGGGGCGUGUCGCUGUGCCAGCCUGGCCCCCACGCCGUGCUCCUGGUGGUGCCCCUCUCCUUCUCCUUUACCAAACGGGAGCGGCAGGCGGCCGAGGAGCAUGUGGAGCUGUUGGGGGAGCGGGCUUGGGGGCAUACCGUGGUGCUGUUCACGGUGAAGGGUGGGCGGCUGAAGGAUGCCACCUUAGAGGAGGAGGUGGAGGAGAGCGAGGAGCUCCAGGGCCUGGUGGAGCGAUGUGGGGGCCGCUAUCAUGCCCUGUAUGGCAGGUCCAGGAAGGGCCACGAUGCCGUGGCGGAGCUACUGGAGAAGCUGGACAACAUGGUGGCCAAGAACAGAGGGGAGUUGCUCUCCAGCGAGGAGGUACUGGAGGAGGCCAGGGAGAAGGAGGAGGAGGAGGAGAGGAGGCACCAGGAGGAGGACAGGGAGAGAGAGGAGGAUCUGAGGAGGGCCAAGGAGGCUUUAAGAGAGCUGGAGAUGGAGGAGGAGAAAGAGGAUGUGCAAGGGGAGGGAGGGAAGGCCACAGAGGAGUCCACGAGACAGCAGAGAGGGAGGAGGAGGUACACCGAUGAAAAAUUAGACACAGGUGUGGAAAGCAGCUCAGCCGAUCCUACAUCAGCCCCACCACACCUCACCUGGUCUGACCUCAGGGCCAUUAGAGAUCAGAGAUGUAAGACACAAUAAAAUAGGGGAGAAGACACAAAGACGAAGAACUUGCUGACUUCCUGAUGGUCUAUAACAUUAUACUGACUACAGUCCAAAAGACAUUCAUAUCUUGGAUAUGGACUGCCAAUAUACACUGAGUAUACAAAAUAACGACUAUCUUUCCAUGACAGACUGACCAGGUGAAUCCAGGUGAAAGCUAUAUUCCCUUAUUGAUGUCACUUGUUAAAUCAACUUCAGUCAGUGUGUAGGAAGGGGAGGAGGUUAAAUAAUGAUUUUUAAGCCUUGGACUGUGUAUGUGUGUCAUUCAGAUGAUGAAUGGGCAAGACAAAAUAUUGAAGUGCCUUUGAACGAGUUAUGGGAGUAGGUGCCAGGCCCACUGGUUCAUGACAAGAACUGAAACUCUUCUGUGUUUUUUGUGCUCAGCAGUUUCCUGUUUGUAUCAAGAAUGGUCCACCAACCAAGGAAGGGGGGGGGGGGGUCCUAAUGUUUUGUA